AAGAAAAGAAGAAAGUUGGGAUCUCUUUUGUAGGAAGCUACUUGAUGUUCGAGCAAUGAUUCCAAAAAUGGAAAGUCUAGCUAAGGAUAUGGUGGAAAAGUGUAGAGGCUUACCUCUUGUGAUUGUUGUACUGAGCGGACUACUUUCGCAUAAAAAGGGGCUAGACGAAUGGCAAAAGGUGAAAGAUCACCUUUGGAAGAACAUUAUUGAAGAUAAAUAUAUUGAAGUCUCCAACAUACUAUCAUUAAGCAACAGUGAUUUAUCAACUGCGCUCAAGCAGUGUUUUCUGUACUUUGGUAUUUUUCCAGAAGAUAAAGUGGUCGAUGUUGAAAACAUAAUAUGGUUGUGGAUGGACGAGGUUUCAUACCAAGAGGAGAAUAAAGAAUGGAGGAUGUUGCUGAAGGCUUCUUGAAUGAACUGAUAAGACAAAGCUUGAUACAAGUGGUAGAUACAGUUUGGGAAAAAGUUACUGAAUGUAGGGUUCAUGAUUUACUCCAUGAUCUUGCCAUACAAAAGGCAUUGGAGGUAAACUUCUUUGACAUUUAUGAUCCAAGAAGCCACUCCGUAUCCUCUUUAUGUAUCAGACAUGCCAUUCAUAGUCAAGGAGAAAGGUACCUCUCACUUGAUCUUUCUAACUUGAAAUUGAGGUCAAUUAUGUUCUUCGAUCCAGAUUUUCGUAAGAUGAGUCUUAUAAACUUCAGUAGUGUGUUCCAACAUCUAUAUGUGUUGUACUUGGAGAUGUGUUUUAACAGUAUGUCUAUAGUACCUGAUGCCAUAGGAAGUUGUACCACCUCAAGUUCUUAAGAUUGAGAGGUAUUCGUAAUCUUCCCUCUUCCAUUGGCAACCUCAAGAAUCUACAGACACUUGUUGUUGUCAAUGAGGGAAGAUUCUCUUGCGAACUACCCCCUGAGACAGCUGACCUAAUAAAUCUAAGACAUUUAGAUUCUCUGUAUUCAAAACCUCUGAAACGUCUAAGCAAACUCACUAGUCUUCAAGUUCUUAAAGGCGUUCGUUGUGAUCACUGGAAAAAUGUUGAACCUGUUGAUUUAGUCAAUCUUCGAGAAUUAACCAUGCAUGAUAUUACCAAAACUUACUCCUUAAACAACAUUAGCAGCUUGAAAAACCUUAGCACUAUCAGAUUGUUUUGUGAAGGUUAUGAAUCAUUCCCAUCCCUUGAAUUUCUUAAUUGUUGUGAAAAGCUCCAGAAAUUGUGGUUAAAAGGGAGAAUAGAGAAACUACCUCUGUUUCCAAAUUCCAUCACCAUGAUGUUUCUGAGGAACUCAAAACUCAGAGAAGAUCCGAUGCCUAUUUUGGGAAUGUUGUCAAACCUAAGGAAUCUCAUAUUGUAUGGAGCUUACGAAGGAAAAGAAAUAAUGUGCAGUGAUAACAGCUUCAGUCAACUAGAGUUCCUUUGUCUUGAUCAACUUUCAAACCUAAAAAUAUGGCAUUUAGGCACAAAUGCCAUGCCUCUCAUUAAUGAUCUUCAUAUCAAAAACUGUCGAAACCUAAAGGAGAUUCCUCAGAGAAUGAAAGACGUGGCAAGCAUAUAUGAAGUCUUAAUUGAUAAUAGGAAAGUGUGUGUUAACAAGGAGAAGAAGUUGUCACUUGAAGACAUUCACGUUGAUCAAGUUGGGCUAUCAAAGCAUCAAUAAAGUUUCAUUUUGUGAGCAAUGGUAAUAAGCUUGAUGUGAGUGGUUCAUUUGCAAAAAGUUUGACUUAUGUUCUUUGAAACUUUACAAAAUGAGACACCAAUUAGUCAAGGUUAUGAUUAUUAUGUAACAUCUCCUUAUCCUAAUGAUGCUUUAGCU